AUGAGUACCAACGAAGCAACCAUCUCCGGGGCUCGCUCUGCUCUCGAAAGAGCAACAAAGUAUUCAUUACAGCACGCAAAUGAAGACGGUCACUGGUGUGGUGAACUUCGCUCAAACGCGACCAUAACAGCCGAAUAUAUAUUUCUCCGGCAAGCGCUUAGUCUAGACCAGUCAAACGAUUCCGAGGCACUGUGCCUAUGGUUGCUGUCUGAGCAGCAUCCGGAUGGUUCAUGGGGGAUUGCCCCCGACUACUCUGGCGAUGUCUCCACAUCAGUUGAAGCAUACCUUGCUUUGAAAUUGUUGAAUGUUCCGCCAGAACAUCCAGCAAUGGGUCGAGCUUGCAACUACAUCCUAAGCGUCGGGGGUGUGGCCAAAGUUCGCAUAUUCACUCGAAUAUACCUGGCCAUGUUUGGUCUUUUCCCAUGGGAUGCAGUGCCUUGUUUACCAGCGGAGCUUAUCCUGAUGCCUUCCUGGGCCCCAAUCAACAUAUACAAAUUCUCGUCGUGGGCACGAAGCACCAUAGUACCCCUUGCGAUCGUGUGUCACCAUCGACCUAUAUACGAUUUACCAAAUGGAGCACUUGUUGAUAAUCCUUACCUCGACGAAUUGUGGCAGGAUCCUAGCAUUAAAAUGGUUCCCUAUUGCCCCGGGGAGCUCUGGAAAAGUGAUAAGCUUGCUUUCACUUUUUCAAUAGUCGACAGCAUGCUACACUACCUAGGUGGUCUGAGGUCUUUCCCUCUUAGAGGUUACAGUCGGCGUUUGUGUCUUGAUUGGAUCUUAGAGCAUCAAGAGGAUAAAGGAGACUGGGCUGGAAUCUUCCCGCCCAUGCAUUUAGGAUUGUUGGCACUGACGCUAGAAGGGUUUGGGCUCACAGAUCCACCUGUCUGCAAAGGACUGGAGGCAGUGGAGAGAUUCUCAUUGAACGAUAGCUACGGAAAAAGGGUUCAAGCCUGUGUCUCCCCAGUGUGGGAUACGAUCCUUAUGUCCAUAGCAUUAUGCGAUUCUUCCAUACCAGGAGACAAUGACGGACUGAAAAAAGCUAUCAAGUGGAUUCAACAUCGCCAACUUCUGGUACCUCGUGGCGACUGGCGUGUCUACAAUCGUAAAUUAGCAUCUGGCGGCUUCAGCUUUGAAUACUUCAACAGCUGGUACCCAGAUGUUGAUGACACUGCAGCGGCUAUAAUUGCAUUUGUCAAGUACGAAUCUGAGUGGACAGUCCAGAGUAUAGUUCUCGCGGUUUCGUGGAUCCUUGGAAUGCAGAAUCGCGAUGGAGGAUGGGCGGCCUUUGAUACGAACAACGAUGCGCUCUUUUUGAACAAAAUUCCAUUCAGCGAUAUGGACAGUCUCUGCGAUCCUUCUUCGGCUGAUGUUACCGGACGCGUGUUAGAAGCGUUCGGCUUACUGAUUCAGAGUCCAUAUAAAAAGCAACUAUGCUCCAGUUUAAUUGGUCGCAUACUCCUAUCAUCCGGUCGAGCUAUCCAUUAUCUUUUAUCCACCCAGGAAUUGACAGGGAGAUGGUACGGUCGCUGGGGCUGCAAUUACCUAUAUGGCACCAGCAAUGUUCUGUGCGGGUUAGCUUACUUUGUUGGGCAUACAAGUCAAGUAGAGAAUGCUAUAGCAGCGGGAGUGGAGUGGCUGAUAUCUGUCCAGAACGCAGAUGGGGGAUGGGGAGAGGGGCUUGAUAGCUAUUUAUCCGCUGGUAUCACAGCAAACAGUGACUCAGUAGCAUCGCAGACAGCAUGGGCAGUUAUGGCCUUACUCUCCUACCUACCUCCAACAGCACGGGCUAUUGAAAGAGGAAUAGAUUUCCUCGUCCAGUCACAGGGGGAAGCAAAAGAACACGGUGCAACUUGGUCGGAGACCAAAUACACAGGAACAGGUUUCCCUAGGUUCUUCUACCUUGGGUAUUCUCUAUAUCCUCAUUAUUUUCCCAUGAUGGCCCUGGGGAGGUACUUGCAACAGACAAGGACUAAUGGAUCCUCUCAGCUAGGGAAUUGGUUGAAAGAGAAGUUGGAGAGGUUGAAUACCUAA